AUGCAAAAGUGUGAACAAGAGUGUGGCGAGGAGGCGUGGCGUAUCGCAUGCUGCUCGAGAGUCGGAAAGAUUGCCAUUUGUGUCAUGUCCAUUGCCAUACUGUAUCUUAUCAUAUCAGCGUUGACACCGACAGAGAGCACACACAAAGCAGCGGAUCUCGACGUACCAAGGGCGGGCAUCAAUUUGACACGUGCCAACCAAGUGCUAACCUCCCUCUGCGAUGCCUAUGAACGUGGCGACGUAUCUGGGGACUCGUGUAAUCGUCUGUGCUACGAUCGGAAUUGGCUCGUCACAGACUUCUACGAAGGCCACAAAACGGUAGUAAUUGUCAAAGACGGCGGCCAGACGGCGGUCUACAAGUCCACCAAACCAUUUAUGAACGAUUUCGACGAGCCGCAGGAUCAUCUAACCGAUGCGCAGUUCUCGGAUCGUGUCGUGGAUGUAGUGAAUAAUGAGUUGCGGCUAGGAUGGCCCAAGCACUACAGUAGGCACUUAAUGGAGACAGUUUGGCCGACACUAUUAAGGACCAAGGGGGAAGCAAUGUCCAGGGCGGACCGUCGAUCACUUUGGGCCUUGCUAAAACAGCCGGAAUUCAUUCUAUUCCGAGUUCUACCACUGACACGUGUCACACCGAAACUCAUUGGGACUUGUGGUCAUAUGUAUCAAACCGAGUCCCUCGUGGCAUUCAAAAUGAAGGGGUACUAUACGAAUUUGAAGGCGAAGAUAUUGGUUCAUGUGAUGGGAACACUCAAAUUGUUAUAUGAGUUUUUGGAUGAGCCGCUGCAGUGGUGUGAUGUGCGAUUUGAUAAUUUGGGACUGUCAGCGGAUUAUCCGAAGAGAUUCGUUCUAAUGGAUGGCGAUAUGGUUUAUACGAAAUCCAAGCUCGAUUCUUUGCUAAAAGGCCGCCCGUGUGAAACGGAUGACGACUGUAAAAUUGGCGAUUGUACGGCUCGAUGCACGGCGAAUAUGGUGUGCUCGUCGAGGAGCAAUGGCAAUUUGGAGGUUUUCUGCGACAAACUGGUCAACAAACUGUUCGCAAAUCAAUGGUCGAAAAAUAACAAAUAUUUGGUCGCGUGUCGAGAUACGGGACGAAAUAUCACCACUCGGCUCAAUGAGCUCAGGCUCACAUGGUCCUGGAAUCUUCCCGACGUUUAG